UAGAAAAUUUAACUAGAUAUGAAACAUGGUUGCCGUAACAGUUUCUUUUGCGCACAGAACUCUCUAGUGUGAAACAGGUGAAACAAAAACAUCAAACCAGGAAGUGGUCGCUUUAAAAGGAGGGUGUUCUUGGAACAGGUAGCUGUAUUUCAAAAUUUCAAAGAAAAUGUCAAAUACUCCCGAGCCAAUCGUCGUUCCACCACCCACAUUGAAAUUUAGUUUGAACGAGUGGCAUCUUGUUAAUCGCUACAGAUAUCGAUGUUCCGAAGCGCAACAAGAAUUAGCGGAGCGGCUCCUAAAUGAAUCGCAACGUGUUUGUGAAUGCAGCACCGAAAAAGCACGAAAUAACAAAGAAGAAACAGACUAUAGAAUUAAGGAAAAACUAGAGGAUAUUGAAUUUCGUAAGAAAGAAUUAUUACGUAUAAGGAAAGAAGUUCUUCUUGAAAGCGAUGCCCUUUUAAUAUACAAGGAACGUAUCAUGGACGCGUUAUCCUCCGUGAAGAAGAACGCGCUUGUCGUUUGUGAAAAAUGUCUCAUUUUCAGGGAGCAUAGAUUAGGAAUUGAUCUAGUCCGCGACGACGUUGAGAAAGAAUUGGUAAAAGAAUGCGAGGUAAUUAAAGGCGCUGAAAGUUUAUUAGUGCGAAUAUUGGAACAAACUCAGGAACAAAUACGACGAUUAAAAGCGACUUAUUAUAUGGAUCACGAGCUUGAAGAUAAAGAAAAUAAUUUACGUAUCGACAGACAUAAUUUAACAUUGAAAGAGACUAGCUUAAAUUUAAGCAUUUACCAUGGCAGCUCGCGGCUCGAUCCAUCGACUAUCGAGCUAAAUGAAUGGGAGAUGCAGACGAAUAAUAAUAUCAUUGCUGCCUCAAAAGAAAUAAACAGCGCCAGACCAAUGCGCUGUUAUAUCGACACAAUCAUUAAACAAAUCAUCGAGGAUUUAAAUGAGCAGAAAAAUGUUACUGAUAAUGCUUUCAGACGACGCAUCGAGGAAACGAAAGAAGAAACAAAAUUGGAAUUACAACAUUCUGAGAUAAUGCGGCAAGCAAACGAGAUGACUCAAAAUAUCACACGCAUAGAAAAAUCAAUUUCGGAAAAGGAAAAGUAUUUAGCUUUAGCACACACGAGACUUGGCAAUCGUUGUCAACGACCUGGUCUGGAACUCACCCGAGAUCUAGUUGAAACUAAUCUCGUUAAAGAAGUAUAUGAUUUACGAGAAAUUGUAUCAGAAUUGCAAGCAACGUUAUUCGAGGCUCAUGCGUCGUUGCGUUAUUUACUAAAAACACAAAUUCAAAUAGAAGAAGAUAUCAAUGUUAAAACGAACACGAUGAAAAUUGAUGAAGUUGACUGUAUGACUCUCCGUCAAAGUAUGAAUUACCAUGCAUACUAAAUUGAAUAAUAUGAUUUACAUUUUGUAUGUAAUAAUAUAAUCAUGUGUGUUCUCUAUAUACAAUACGCAGCUUUUUAUUGCUGCUGUCUUAUUAUUAGUGCACAGGUGAAGGCUUUAUUAUGAAGCCUUUGGUGGUAUUAUACGUUAAUUGUAAAUUAAUUGCAAAAUUAAAUUGCAAUUGAAAGGGCACCAUAUUGACUC